AUGGCUCCUUUGUCCACGGCAGCCGGCUCUCAAGCCGCCGCUGCUGGCUUCGCAUCAAUCAACUCCCACCGCAAUCCCUCCAACAGCGCGGAGAUCAUUGAAAUUGAUGAUGACGACGAUGAACCCAUGGACGAUGAGGAAAUAGAAGAGGACGAAGAGGAAGACGAAGAAGUCACUAAUGGCGACGAGUACGAGGAUGAAAGCAUGGCGAGCGGCGGCGACGACGACGAAGUUUUGGAAGACGGAUCCGUGGAAGAUAUGAAUGGGCCCGAAUCGCCCUUGAAGCUUGUUCCGGCGCCCAACGGUCGAGGCGAUACAGAUAUCUUCACAUCCGGGUUGUUUACAUCGGCCGGCGCGCAGGAAGCGUUACACCCUCUUCGCCGCACUGCGGACCGGGUGACCCGCCAGAUCGAGGCGUUUGCAGAGAAACUGGAUCGGUUCAAGCAGAAAGGUCGCACUGAUGAUUUCGGAAACUACCAGGCUGCGUAUCAACUAGUGAAAAGCUACGAGGUCUACGCGCAAGAUGCGAUCCACGAUAUCUCGAAGCAAAACACCUUGAGACGCGCCAAGAUGGGCUGGGGAUCGACUCGAAGUAACGGGACCGCGCCGCAUGAUCCCAAGACCGAAGAGGAGCUGCAGCGGUUGCAGCUGGAGGCAAACACCUGGCAACUUCUUCUUAACCUUAUUAGCAUUGACGACCCGGCGAGCAAAGCCAGCUGCAAGAAAGCGCAAGAGACCGUCUUCCAGAAACUCCACCGGUACUCGACUGACCGCGAAAUCUGGGAAGGCUUUCUGAGCGCAGACCACUACGCGCUUGAAUGUGUAGUUAUCAUGAAGUGGCUGGAACACACAUCGAAGACGACACCGCAGGAUAUCGAUUCGUUAAUUGCGGAGCUGGAAAAACAGGCGGAGCGAGGCCCAGGGUUAUGGACACAUGGCUGGCUGUACACGAAGGAAACUAUCAAGGGACAGAAGAGACUCCGUGCUUGGCCUCAGCCUCUUGAACCCAAGGAUCCCGGCGUCACCGUGUCUCUCUUGACCUCGGAGAUGUCGGAGCCUCUGAUCACUCAGCUGGACCCAGACGCAGUCACUCGGCAAAAGCAACACCUUCAAAAACAGGAUCAGUUCUAUGAGCGCGCGACCUGGAUGACUUGCUGGAAGAUGUUGAGACAGGGAGAGAAUUGGACCAAGAUCAGAGAAUGGGCCGAAGAACGUCUGGAAAACUGGAAAGCGAUCAGUCUGUGUGGUUCCAGCGUUGACCCGAAGUCGGGGGGUGAACGGACACCUGUCGAUGAUAGCCUGACGCGCAUGAUGAAUUUUCGCACCCAGGAGUCCUGGCGAGCUGCCUGUUCAGCCCUGGCGCGCAAUUCCAACCUCGAAGACUUUGAGCGGGCGGUCUACGCGUUACUCUGUGGAGAGACUGAGGCUGCAUUCAAGGUCUGCCAGAGUUGGGACGAUUACCUCUAUGUUUACUUCAACAACGUUGUGCUAUCCCGGUACCAAGGAUUCUGCAAGCAGUUUCAGCGGAAGCUGAGUCAUUCACCCACGGCACCCGUUGUCUUUGUGCCAGAACCCGUCGGAUACAGCGACGUGAACAAGUUUGUCCAAUAUGCCAAAGGCACUGAGCGCGUUGGGGUAGAGGCCCGCAAUCCUUACCGCACGAUCCAAGCGGCCAUCAUCGGCAAGGGUUACGACACAUUCUUCUACUCUCUUGCAAAGGCCGUUUCACAGGCGGCAAAGACAAAUUCGGAAGAGUCCUUCGUACCCGAUUUGUCGCCAACACACGUGGAUGAUUCGUUGCUCAUUGCUGCUGAGGAUGGCGAUGCGCUACGGAUUGCGACUCAUCUAUACAUUAUUGCAAGCUCUGUUGGCUAUGUUCGUUCCGACACGCAAUUCUUCGAGACAGCGUCUGUCAAUGUCAUCGGAUACAUUGCUAACCUGGAAGAUGCUGGCAUCCUUGAGGCGAUACCACUAUAUGCGUCUUUGCUACCAACUCAUCAGGCGUACUCUGUCCUGGGCCGGGUGUUGAUUGAGAUUCUCGACCCUCGAGAGAGAAAGCAGCAGGUUCGACUAAUCGAGAAGUAUGAAAUCGACAUUGAGGCAGUGUUGGAAGACCAGUGGAAUUGGGUCAGCAGUAGCAGCGAUUCUGCGAUUGAGCACACGAGGACUAUCAAGCGGUAUCCCAAAGUCGUCCGUCGGGACGACGGAACCUGCGAGUUAGUACCCGUGAAAACGGACUUUAUUGGAACCGAGAUCUCUCGUUCGGAUGAGAGAUUGAUUCGCAGCCUUGAAUGGCUCCGGUUCGUCGAUGGGCAGUGGGGCAGAAUCUGCCAACUGGGAGCUUUGCUGUAUCGAAAAUUUUAUCUGUCUGGAAACCUGGCCGCAGCCAGGGAAUUGAGCCGCCGCAUGAGAUUAUCCGUCAUCUCGCGCGAAUUGUUUGGGUUUGACGUGGCGGAGUUCUCGUACGGCCUCGCGGGGGCUGAGCGAGCAACUCCGGAGCCCAGCAGCCCAACCAAGGCGAGAAUACUCGGAUCUCCUCACAAGCGUAGUAGAUCCUUGCAGAACGGCGUUCCGUCCAACGAUCAAACAACCAUGCUUGCGCUCCAGUCGCAGACCAUGCGGGACCUGGAGGAGUUGACACUGGCGUUUGACGCUCUGGAACGAUUUGGUAUCUGUUGGAAGAAGAUCGACAAGAACAAACGGAGACGGGACUCCGGUGCAAUCAAGGAUCUUCGGGACGAGCUCCAGGAGCGUCUAGACGAGAUUGGCGUGCAUGUGGAUGCCGUGCUAGACGAGUGGCUGAGCACAGCUGCAGACGAAACGGAAGAGGCGGAGCUGGAAGAGAUUCGCGUCACCUAUAUCCCGGAAUUGUUCCUGGACUAUCACAGUGCGCUGUACUUCUCCGCGCACGUUCUCACCAGCGAGAUCCUGGUGCAGUGUAUGAACCUGGCGAUGCAGGUGUCCGAAAACGACUACUUGACGCGCAGCUUCGUGGGGGCGCGUCGGAUGCGCGAGCUAGUCGAUGCCCUGGCGUUGUCGAGCAAGGCCAUGGUGAAUACGCGAGGGAAGCCCGGCAAGAGGCUUCUGGGAGGCGAGUCGCUGGGCAUCUGGACGGUGGAGGUGCCCGAGGAGGAGGAAAGCGAGUUUCUUCACCAUGCGAAGUGA